UCGGAGCAGAGGUGGCUGGCGGGCCCACCCGAUUCCUUUCCACUGCCUGCUUUUUCGGACAGGAGUCACGGCUGCUCUGAGGGGCAUAGUCCCGGACACCAGGGUGCCACGCACGCGCUGAUGCCCCUAGUGCUCUCAAGGCUUCCAGCUAAUCAUGCCCCAGCCGCCCGCAGCUGCCUUUCCGCUGCCCGUGCUGCUGCUGCUGCUGCUACUCCUGGUGGUGCGGACGCCGUCCCCGGCUGGCGCGCGGCCAUCCCUAGGCCCCGAUUACCUGCGGCGCGGCUGGCUACGGCUGCUGGCGGAGGGCGAGGGCUGCGCUCCCUGCCGGCCAGAAGAGUGCGCCUCGCCGCGGGGCUGCCUGGCCGGCCGGGUGCGCGACGCGUGCGGCUGCUGUUGGGAAUGCGCCAAUCUCGAGGGCCAGCUCUGCGACCUGGACCCCAGUGCCCACUUCUACGGGCGCUGCGGCGAGCAGCUUGAGUGCCAGUUGGACGCUGGUGGCGACCUGAGCCGCGGAGAGGUCCCCGAGCCUCUGUGUGCCUGCCGCUCGCAGCGCCCUCUCUGCGGUUCCGACGGCCGCACCUACGCUCAGAUCUGCCGCCUGCAGGAGGCGGCCCGCGCUCGGCCGGACGCCAACCUCACCGUGGCGCACCCAGGGCCCUGCGAAUCGGAGCCCCAGAUUGUGUCACACCCAUAUGAUAUUUGGAACGUGACGGGGCAGGAUGUGAUCUUUGGCUGUGAAGUGUUUGCCUACCCCAUGGCUUCCAUCGAGUGGAGAAAGGAUGGCUUGGACAUUCAGCUGCCAGGGGAUGACCCCCACAUCUCUGUGCAGUUUAGGGGUGGACCCCAGAGGUUUGAGGUGACGGGCUGGCUGCAGAUCCAGGCUGUGCGUCCUAGCGAUGAGGGCAUCUACCGCUGCCUGGCCCGCAAUGCCCUCGGCCAGGUUGAGGCCCCAGCUAGCCUGACAGUGCUCACACUGGACCAGCUGAACUCCACAGGCAUCCCCCAGCUGUCAUUCCUGCACCUGUUUCCUGAGAAGGAGGCUGAGAGUGAAGAGGCCGAGGAUUACUACUAGGUCCAGAGCCAUGGCCCAUGGGGGUGGGUGAGUGGGGAUAGUUUUCAACCCUGCUCUUGAAAAGAUCUGGAAAGGGGGAGCAGGGCCCCUUCACAGAUUGCUUUAAUGCCCUUAGUAGGGGAGAUGUGAUGGUGGUGGGAGAGACAAAAGUUGGAGGGUAAGGAGAGAGGCAGAGACUAGGGGAGGUGGGAUGCAGAGGGGCCCAUGCAGGAGGUGCUCUGGCCAGGACAGUCUCCUGUGUGGACCAACCAGGCAUUAGGCAUUAGCUGCCUGCUGGUCU